AUGGCAAGCAAAAAGCGAGAAAUCCAGUUACAGGCGGUCAUCAAUAAUCAAAGCCUGUGGGAUGAGAUGAUGCAGAACAAAGGCCUAACAGUGAUUGAUGUUUACCAAGCCUGGUGUGGACCUUGCAAAGCAAUGCAAACCUUAUUCAGAAAACUGAAAAAUGAGCUGAACGAAGAUGAACUUCUGCAUUUUGCUGUAGCAGAAGCUGACAGUAUUGUGACUCUCCAGCCAUUUAGAGAUAAAUGUGAACCUGUUUUUCUCUUCAGUGUUAAUGGCACAAUUGUUGCAAAAAUCCAGGGUGCAAAUGCACCACUUGUGAAUCAAAAAAUUAUUACCUUAGUCAAUGAGGAGAGGAAAAUUGCAGCAGGUGAAAUGGUUCGCCCUCAGUAUCAUGAAAUUGUGUUUGUAGACUCAGAUUCAGAGGAUGCUGGGGAACUAAGCCAUGAAACCGUUGAUCAAAUAUACACUAUUGUUAUUAUCAAGCCUGAUGCUGUGGCUGCUAGAAAAGUUCAAGAAAUUAAAGAAAAAAUUAUCAAGGCAGGAUUUGUCAUAGAAGCAGAGGAUAAGAAACCGCUUACUGAAGAACAAGUAAAGCACUUCUAUAGUCAAAUAGCAGACCAGCCUGACUUUGAGGAUUUUGUUUCUUUUAUGACAAGGAACCUAAGCUAUAUUCUAGUUGUUUCACAAGGAAAGGAAAAACAGACUUCCUGGGAUGAAAGUGAAGUUAAUUCUGAGACAGAAUCUAAAGAACCAUGGGAUGACCAACAGGAGAUGGCCAAGCCUUCGAGGAUGAAGGAAAGGAAAAGUUUACAACAAUAUCUGGAAAUACAACAAAUAUCUCAGUUUUGUGAUGUUGAAGAGAAUAUAGCUAAUACUAAGUUUAUCGAUGUCUUAAUCCCUGAUUUUAAAAAAAUUAGAGGCAUAAAAUUUGAAAAGAUACUGGCAUUACUUCGACCAGCCCUCUUUAAUGAAAGAACAGAGGAUGUUUUGAAUAAAAUUCAAGAUGAAGGCUUUAAAAUACUGCUGCAAAGACAGAUAGUAUUAUCAGAAGAAGAAGCAAAAACACUGUGCAAAGAAUAUGAAAAUAAAGAUUAUUUUGGAAACGUUAUAGAAAACAUGACCAGUAGUCCAUCUCUAGCCCUUGUUUUAGUAAGAGAAAACGGUUUAGCAUACUGGAAACAGUUAAUUGGACCAAGCAGUGUUGAAGAAGCCAAAGAAUAUAUUCCAGAGAGCUUAUGUGCACAGUUUGCAAUAGAAGGUUUGCCUAUCAACCAGUUGUAUGGAAGUGAUUCACUAGAAGCUGCUGAAAGGGAAAUACAAUAUUUCUUUCCUCCUCAACACACUGUGGCACUGAUUAAACCUCAUGUAACACAAGAACAAAGAGAGGAUAUCAUGAAAGUUAUUAAAGACACUGGAUUUGAUAUAACACAGAUGAAAGAAAUACUCCUAACUGAAGAGGAAGCAGAGAAAAUUUAUUUUAAAAUAAAAAGAAAAGCGUUUUAUAAGGAUGUCUUGGGUGUUUUAGCUGAGGGUACAUCUCUGGUCAUGAUUCUGACCAAGUGGAAUGCUGUUUCAGACUGGAGACGAUUGAUGGGUCCCACAGACCCAGAGGAAGCAAGACUAUUGUCCCCAGAUUCUAUUCGAGCCCAAUUUGGAGAAAAUAUUUUGAAAAAUGCUGUCCAUGGACCAUCUAAUAUGGAGGAGGCAAUGGAGACAAUUAGUAGCAUGUUUGAAGACUUUGUUCCUGAGAACCUUGAGGAAAACUAA